UUCUGUGUUAAUGGCAGCUGAAGAAACUAAAAGACCAGAGGCAGCUGGCAUUGAACAUGUUGCAGCCAUUUUUGGUGUUACAGGGCUAGUUGGGAAGGUGCUGGCCAAAGAGCUAAUCUCAAAAUCCAAAUGGAAGGUUUAUGGUAUAGCUCGAAAUCCGAUGAUCAUAUCGAAUCAGCAAUGUUCAAAUUUCCAUUUUAUCCAAUGUGAUUUGCUAAACCCUUUGGAAACCCAGCAAAGGCUCUCAUUGUUACAAGAUGUGACUCAUGUGUUUUGGGUCACUUGGGCAAGCCAAUACCAGUUAGAUAGCAUUGAGUGUUGUGAGCAAAACAAGGCCAUGAUGUCCAAUGCCUUGAAUGCCAUCAUCCCCAUGGCCAAGGCAUUGAAGCAUGUUUCUCUUCAGACAGGGAUGAAGCAUUAUGUGUCAUUGCAGGGGCCCUUCGAUGAAGCAGAAGCUCGGUACUACAAUGAGAAUGGCCCGAGAGUGAAUGCAGGCUGCAAUUUUUACUAUGUGCUGGAAGACUUGCUCAAGGAGAGGCUGGAUGGUAAGAUAGCUUGGUCUGUACACAGGCCUGGUUUGUUAAUUGGUAAUUCUUCUAGGACUUUGUACAACUUUAUGGGUAGUUUAUGUGUUUACGGAGCCAUUUGUAAGCAUUUGAAUCUUCCCUUUGUGUUUGGAGGGACAAAGAAGUGUUGGGAAGAGACCUGCAUUGACGGCUCAGAUGCAAGACUAGUAGCUGAACAACACAUUUGGGCAGCCACCAAUGAUGAUUUAAAUGUGCAAUCCACUGAUGGCCAGUCAUUCAAUGCAAUCAAUGGUCCAAGUUUCACAUGGAAGGAGAUCUGGACAGCACUUGCAGAAAAGUUUGGACUAGAAGUAGUACCCAAAAAUGCAUUUUCGGAGGACUUCUGGUAUUCAAAAGCAAUGGCUGACAAGAAAGAAAUUUGGAAAGAAAUUGUUGCAAAGGAAGGGCUGAUGAAAACUGAGAUGGAAGAUUUGGCCAAUUGGGAAUUCUUGGAUGUCUUGUUUCGUUGUCCGUUUAAGUUACUGGGAACCCGAAACAAAGUCGAUCAGCUUGGUUUUACUGUAAGGUAUAAAACACUGGAUUCAAUCUUGUAUUGGAUAGAUUGUAUGAGAGAUGAAAAAUUAAUACCUUAAAAGCAUAUGCUUUAGAUGCAUUGUGGCUGAAUGUGUGGAGCACCACAAACUUUUCCUUCAAGAAAAAUGAAAC